UAACAACACACUCUGAUAUGAGGAAUCUCACUGACUGCAGAAAUAGAGCCCAUCCACAAGACGGAGACUGCAAGCUGAAGUAGAACAUGCGUAACGUUCAUUCUGGUUGAAUAAAAUGCAAUGAAGUUGUCAGUUUUCAGUUCUCUAAACAAACUUCUUUUUUUCUGGAAGCAAAUAUGAACUUACACAUGUCCACCAGGAACAAAGUUUUACAAGUUUCGACAGUCAGGGAUAUAAUUGUUUCCAGAAAUUAUUCAUUUUAAUACAUUUAUUAAAUAUUUUAUUCACCUUUUUAUGAAUAUCCUAUGCAAAAUACCACAUGAUAUACACACAAAUCUAAGAAACAUCUUGAAUGGGCUAUUACUGUUAAACGCCUGUUAAUGUCACGCCUGUUAAUGGAUUUAGCAAAUAUUUCUAACAAUAUGUUUAAUAUAAUAUCAAUAACGUACAACAUAUCAGUAUUGAAAGCUUUAUUAGUUAUUGUAUCAUGUUAAAAAACAGAAAUGGUUUCAAUCCUGAAUCAACUGUUGCACUCUACUGCUUGCAAAGACUGCUCUGAGCUGGAAUAUUUGUAAUGACAUAACUUGUGCUUCAUAAUGUCGUGUAUUGUGACUCAGUCAGAACAUUUUUGCUCGUUUCAAAUGCUCUUUUCUGCUUCCCGGACCCAAUCUGACCGCUAUGCAGAGGUUCUCGAAAGGCUGCAGAGUCUAUGCUCUACUCCUUCAGCAGCGUCUCUGUCUGCGGAUCUCGCGAUAGUUCGGCGUUCGCUGAGCAGCAGUCGCUUUUGCAGCAGGGCUGAGGGAGACGGAGAGAGAGAGAGAAGGUAAGCGGGGAGGCUGCAUCAUGGCGGACAGAGACAGUGGAAGCGAGCACGGUGGAUUCGCCACAGGCCCCGGCGCCGGCCCGAUGCACCCGGGCGCUGCAUCGCGGCUCCAGCACGACACGGAGGAGCUCGCGUCGAAGCGCGUGGACAUUCAGAACAAGCGCUUUUAUCUGGACGUCAAGCAGAACGCCAAAGGCCGCUUUCUGAAGAUAGCAGAGGUCGGGGCCGGUGGAAACAAGAGCCGCCUGACUCUCUCCAUGUCUGUCGCCGUUGAGUUUCGCGACUACCUGGGAGACUUCAUCGAGCAUUACGCCCAGCUGGGCCCCAGCAACCCUGACUUGGUGCAGGACGAACCCAGGAGGGCGCUUAAGAGCGAGUUCCUGGUGCGCGAGAAUCGGAAGUACUACAUGGAUCUGAAGGAGAACCAGAGGGGGCGGUUUCUCCGGAUCCGGCAGACCGUCAACCGCGGCCCCGGCCUGGGAACCUCGCAAGGCCAGACCAUCGCUCUUCCGGCGCAGGGGCUUAUCGAGUUCCGCGACGCGCUGGCCAAACUCAUCGACGACUUCGGCGUGGACGAGGAUCCAGCGGAGCUGCCCGAGGGCACUUCGUUGACGGUGGACAACAAGCGCUUCUUCUUCGACGUCGGCUCCAACAAGUACGGCGUCUUCAUGCGGGUGAGCGAGGUGAAGCCAACCUACCGCAACUCCAUCACGGUGCCCUGCAAAGUGUGGUCCAAAUUCGGCGCGACCUUCUGCAAGUACGCGGACGAGAUGAAGAAGAUCCAGGAGCGGAGCCGAGAGCGGAGGGCGCGCGAGAUGCUGCCGGAGGGCCUGCACGGCGACGACGGGGACGAGGACUAAUGCAAAGCGCGUAAAUACAUGUACGUAUGUACGCCCAGAGUGACAUGAUAAUCAAACGUUACUGUACUGUAAUGUGGGAUUGCUCUACACACACAACCCUCACAGACUCGAACAGUUGCAUCUCUUCACUCAUCGCCGGAAGUUACCCACUUACCCACCAUUUAACAGUAAGACGCUGCUAUCGACAACAUGAUGUAUGAACCGUGUCCAGGAUGGUGCAGGAGUGUGUGUGUGUGCGUGUCCCUUUUUACCCACGUGUGUGACACAUCCAAGCGCUUAUGCACUGCAAAAAUCCUCUUGUUUUCCAGUACAGAUCGAUCCAUUUAAUAGUUUGCUUCUAGUUUAUAUAUGCGCGUGUUUAUUGUUUGAAGAAAAAGUUUUAUUUACACCACACAUUUCACACGGCGAAGAAUGUCAUUACCAGAAAUAUAAGAUAAAGACACUUUAUGUAAAGAAAAAAGAGCGUUCACACAUGAGUGGGGUCAGUUGUGAUGCGAUUCCACACACUUCAGCACUGACGCCUGUCAGUCAUGUUGCCAACUCGACACUGAUCACGUUUUAUGUAAAAGGAAACUGAUUCUGCAGAUUUUAAAAUGUGCUUUCGUAGUAAAAGUGACAUGAAAAUGCUGCUGAUAUUCAGUAUGCAAACUGGGGAUUAGAACGAGCAACUGACCCCGCUCCAAACCUUCCUUGUAGAAAUUUUGGCUCGUCAUUCAUGUUGUUUGCAAAAGUAUGUGCGCUUUACUGGAAAACAAGUUAUUUUUUUUGCAGUGUAACACUAUUUCCAAAGGUGCAAAUUGAAAAAGAGGAAGAAAUAUAUUAAUAAUUAGUGCUCACUUUUGACUUCCAGCACAAAAGCUAUUAUUUAGGAACCGUUUGAACCGUUUAAAAGGUUCAACAUGCAAACAAACAUCAGAAAUGGUGGUACAGUGAUGAGUGAGUGCUGUGUAUAGUUCAACACGCACUCUUGUCAGACUAUUCAAUCUCUAUAAUGGAUGUCACCCCUUCUGGUUUGACUUAAAGAUGCACUCGGUUAUUUCUAGUUUCUUUUUUUUUUUGCGCUGGUUGUACCAUGUUGAGCUCACAUCACCAGCCAAGAUCAGUGUUUUUGAUCACUUUCAAAUGCAGAAUGCGUCAAGUCUAACAUUAAUGGGGACCUAUUAUGCAAAAAUCACAUUUAUAAAGCAUUUAAACACAGUUGUGUGGCAAGUGUGUGUAAAUAUAGUCAGCCUCUAAUAGUAAAAAUUAAUUACUUUUUUACUUUUUUUUUUUUUUUUUACAAUCACACUUCAUAAAAACAGUCUCCAGAAACACUUUGAUUUUGUCCCUCUGUACAUGUCAUAAGAGGGGGAAAGCCCCGCCUAUAGUCAAUUGUAGCCCCGCCCUUCAGCUGGGAGAACAAUCAGUUAAAUUUAAAGCAGCAGCCACCAAAACGGCACAAUUUGGUUCAUUUAAAGCCUAAAAUAGGCAAAUUCUAAGAGUUGUAAACAUGAUCUGUGGGGUAUUUAGAGCUGAAACCUCUCAAACACACUGUAGAGACAUCAUAGACUUGUUUUACGUCUUUAAUAAUAGGUCCUCUUUAACUAAAAAUGAACGAGUGCACCUUUAAUUGCAUACGAUGGAAGCUAGAUGUGUUGUUUACUCGUUUGCCUUUUAACUCUAUAGACAAAGCAAAUGAGAUUGUUUGUUUGCACGCGUCAUGCAAUGUGUGCUUCGGUAGCCGCACAGCGAAGGCAUUGCUAAAAUCUACGACUGGUUGACGUUUGUUCCUGUUAAAUACGAACCCUGUCGCACCAUGCCCACUGACAUUUGGGCAGACGGUUUCAUUGAAGUGCUAACUUAGAUAUACAAACUAUGAUUUUGUGAAUCAGAUGUACUUAGAUCCUUAUGAAAUUGCCCACGUUUUCUGUGGGAAUUUUUCUUUGUUUUGUUUUUGGGGACGGGGUGGGAGGGGCGGGGGGUACUUAAAAAAGAAAAAGAAAAAAAAAAAGGAGCUGUCCACUAGUGUGAGUUGCGUUAAUACCUGCGCGGAGCAUCCUCUACAACGUCAAAAAAACAACUCUGGUGCCUUAUAUUCUCCACACGUUUACAUGCUUUACGUGUCCGAUCAUUUUCUUUCUGAUCGCUGUUUGUCUUUCUUUGUCGUUCGGGGGCGUUCAACGGCGUUUCUUCGAUGACUUCUUUAAAAAGCCAAUCAAAGAAAGAGGCGCGCGAGGGUUCUCGGGUUCGCCGAGAAAAGAACGAUGAUGUCAUAAUCAAACAGCACUGACGUAAACAUGGACGUGCUGCGUUUACGUCAUGUCGGAGUUAGUUACAUUCUGAAAAUUAUUUUCAUGGUAAAGCUAACCUCAUCUUCUCAAAAAAAAAAAACUAAUUUAAUUUAGGAUUUAGCGAAUUAUCAAUGAUCUCGUUUGCAAAAAAGGAUAUAAUAAAACUUAAAUUUUCAACAAGGUAUACCAAAACAUUUCAACGAGAUUCUAUUAAUAUGAUUUAGUAAUAUAGCUACAUUGUGAUUUUCGUUAUUAAUCAUAGCCUUCUUUUU